AUGAAGGAAUUCAUGAGGAAAUUCGAUACAAGGGAGAAAGCUAGCGAUCUAUUCGUUCGACUCGCAGAAGAACUCAAGAAGGAGGAGGCAGCUUUAAGCCUAGCCCCGAUAAAUAUCCCUCCACGACCUACAACACAAACAAAAACUUCUACAUGCAAAGCCAUCUCAACCCAAAACGAAACCUCCAAAUCUCCUUCAGAAUCCCUAAUCUCGGAAGUUACACCUGUAAUACCAUCCACCCAACCCGAACCCCAAUUUUUCUCGCCUACAGUUCCACCCUCUAGUACAGGGGACGAGGGAGUAGAGGCAAGGGAAGGGGAUGCGCGUGAAAAGAAGCGUGAUGGUGGGGAGACGGGUGGGGAUGAUAGAGAAGAGGGUACAGGGAAUGAGAAUGAGGGAGAUAGAGAGUUUGACGAGAAAUGGAGUGUUGGGGAUGAGAGUAGAGGUGAUAGGACUGGUGAGGAUGUUGUUGAUAAAACUGAAAUUGGUGAAAAGAGUGAGGAUGUGGAUAGAGAAAUCCCUAAUGAUGAGGUUGUAGAGGGAGAAAUCCCUACUGGUGAUACUACGGAAAACACAGAAGAGGAAGGGUGUGUUGAGGGAGAAAUCCCGGAGGAAUUGAAGGGUGAUGUAAGAGAAGAGGAGAUUGUUGAGGGAGACGAUGAAGAAGAUGAUGGGACCGAGAAGGUCGUUGAUAUGGAUGUAGACGGACCGAAACUAUCUGAUAGACCCGAGCUUACUGAGGCGACCAAAAUAAUCGUAGUACUGGAGGAGGGGCCGGAGUUAGAGGACACACCGGCCACUGAGAGGACAAAUCGACGGAAUACCCGGCGAAGCAAGAAACUGGAUUGGACACGAACGUCUACAAGGGCUAGGCGUUUGAAUUUGGUAGAUUCGGAGAGCGAGGAGGAAGCAGGGGAUAAUAUCCCCGAGAACCUGGAGAUGCCAAAGGAAACAGGGGAGGACAUUCCCUAG